AUGGCGUGCGCGGCCCCACCCAGCCCCCUCCCCGUGGUCUCCCUGCCCGCGCGCCGCCGCAGCGCGACUGCCGUCGCGCCCGCCUCCUACCACGCCCCCUCUACCCGGUUCUCGAGGCGUUCGUGGCUGUCCUCUGGAAACUCGCCCCGCUCUCGGCUGCGGACCCAGGCCUCCAAGGCCGAGCCAGCCGAGGAGGGCGUUCCCGCCGCGCCGGGCCCGUCUGCCCCGUCGGAGCCCCUGCCCCAGCCGCGUACCAGCAUAUGGAAUUGGAAGGGCUACAACAUUCGCUAUCAGUACGCCGGAACUUCUGGCCCUGCACUGGUUCUAAUUCAUGGUUUCGGGGCAAACAGUGACCAUUGGCGGAAAAAUAUUCCUGUUCUUGCCAUGGCAAGUAGAGUUUAUGCAAUUGAUCUAAUUGGCUAUGGCUACUCUGAUAAACCUAAUCCACGCGAGUUUGAAGAGAGCUUUUAUACUUUUGAGACUUGGGGAGAACAGUUGAAUACAUUUUGUGCUGAAGUUGUCAAGAGUGAUGCUUUCUUCAUAUGCAAUUCAAUCGGAGGGCUUGUUGGUCUGCAGGCAGCUGUUAUGGAACCCCAAACAUGCAAAGGUAUUGUUUUGUUGGAUAUUUCACUAAGGAUGCUUCAUAUCAACAAACAGCCAUGGUUUGGAAGGCCUUUCAUAAGAUCAUUUCAAAAUCUCCUAAGGAACACUGUAAUUGGGAAGCUCUUCUUUAAUGCUGUUGCAACACCAGAAUCCGUGAAAAAUAUUCUGUGUCAGUGUUACCAUGACACAUCCGCUGUUACAGAUGAAUUAGUUCAGAUGAUCUUGCAGCCAGGGCUUGAUCCCGGUGCUGUGGAUGUAUUCCUUGAGUUCAUCUGUUAUUCUGGAGGUCCUCUACCUGAAGACUUACUUCCAAUGGUGAAGUGUCCAGUUUUGGUAGCUUGGGGAGAGAAGGACCCAUGGGAGCCUGUGGAACUUGGAAGAGCCUACGGGUCUUUUGAUGCUGUCGAAGAUUUUGUUGUCCUCCCGAACGUUGGACACUGCCCUCAGGAUGAAGCACCUGAGCUUGUAAAUCCACUUGUUGAAUCAUUUGUUAAGCUCCAUAGUUAG